GACGCGCACAGCCGCGAGCGCUCGGUGUCGGUGCGCUUGACCAUGGCGUUGGCCGCGCUCCUGCUGGGCCUGGCGCUCGUGGCGCGGCGGGCGGAGGGCGCGGGCAUGGGCGCGUGCUACGACGGCGCGGGGCGGCCGCAGCGCUGCCUGCCCGAGUUCGAGAACGCGGCGUUCGGCCGGCGCGCAGAGGCCUCGCACACGUGCGGCAGCCCGCCCGAGGACUUCUGCCCGCACGUGGGCGCGCCCGGCGCCGGGGCGCAGUGCCAGCGCUGCGACGCCAACCACCCCGCGCUGCACCACAACGCCUCCUACCUCACCGACUUCCACAGCCAGGACGAGAGCACCUGGUGGCAGAGUCCAUCCAUGGCCUUCGGUGUGCAGUACCCCACCUCGGUCAACAUCACCCUGCGCCUGGGAAAGGCGUAUGAGAUCACCUACGUGAGGCUCAAGUUCCACACGAGCCGCCCUGAGAGCUUCGCCAUCUACAAGCGCAGCCGUGCCAGGGGCCCCUGGGAGCCUUACCAGUAUUACAGCGCCUCUUGCCAGAAGACCUACGGCCGGCCUGAGGGCCACUACCUGCAGCCCGGCGAGGACGAGCGUGUGGCCUUCUGCACAUCCGAGUUCAGCGACAUCUCCCCACUGAGCGGGGGCAAUGUGGCCUUCUCCACCCUGGAGGGCCGGCCCAGCGCCUACAACUUCGAGGAGAGCCCUGGGCUGCAGGAGUGGGUCACCAGCACUGAGCUCCUCAUCUCUCUAGACCGGCUCAACACAUUUGGGGACGACAUCUUCAAGGACCCCAAAGUGCUCCAGUCCUACUACUAUGCGGUGUCCGAUUUCUCUGUAGGCGGCAGGUGCAAGUGCAGUGGACAUGCUAGUGCGUGUGGCCCCAAUGGGGCGGGCCGGCUCGUCUGCCAGUGCCAGCACAACACCACAGGUGUGGACUGCGAGCGCUGCCUGCCCUUCUUCCAGGACCGCCCAUGGGCCCGGGGCACCGCUGAGGCGGCCAAUGAGUGUCUGCCCUGCAACUGCAGCGGCCGCUCUGAGGAGUGCACCUUUGACCGAGAGCUCUUCCGAAGCACAGGCCACAGUGGGCGCUGUCACCACUGCCGUGACCAUACAGCAGGGCCGCACUGUGAGCACUGUGAAGACAACUUUUAUCGCUGGGACCAGCGGAUGCCGUGCCAGCCCUGUGACUGCCACCCAGCAGGCUCCCUGAGCCUCCAGUGUGACGACUCGGGCACCUGUACCUGCAAGCCCACGGUGACAGGCUGGAAGUGUGACCACUGCAGGCCGGGAUUCCACUCACUCAGCGAGGGUGGCUGCAGGCCCUGCACCUGUGAUGCUGCUGGCAGUCUGGGCACCUGUGACCCCCGCAGUGGAUGCUGUCCCUGCAAAGAGAAUGUGGAAGGCAACCUGUGUGACAGGUGUCGCCCGGGGACUUUUAACCUGCAGCCCCACAAUCCUGCUGGCUGCAGCAGCUGCUUCUGCUAUGGCCACUCCAGGGUGUGCGCCUCGGCUGCAGGGUUCCAGGUGCAUCACAUCCUUUCCAACUUCCGCCAGGGAUCCGGGGGCUGGCGGGUCAGAGGCACCAGGGGCCCAGAGCGUCUCCCGCGUUGGAGUCUAAGUGGGGUCCUUCUGGGCCUGGAAGACAAGGAAGAGCUCACAGCACCAGAGCAGUUCCUGGGAGACCAGAGGCUCAGCUAUGGACAGCCCCUCACGCUGACCUUCCGUGUACCCCCUGGAGGCUCCCUGCCCCCCACACAGCUGAGGCUGGAGGGGGCGGGCUUGGCCCUCACUCUGAAGCACUCCAGACCUUCUGGCCUCCAGGACGCUGGGCAGUCCAGGCACAAACAGCUCCAUUUCCUCCUGCAGGAGACCUCCGAGGAUGCAGACCCCCCGCUGCCUGCCUUCCACUUCCAGCGGCUGCUCUCCAAUCUGACUGCCCUGCGCAUCCAGGCCAGCGGCCGAGGCCCGAGCCCUUCUGGCCAAGUGCUCCUGAGUGAGGUCCGGCUCACAUCUGCUCGUCCCCAGCAAGGGGUUUCCCCCCUAGCCUCCUGGGUAGAGACCUGCUCAUGUCCCCCAGGGUACACAGGCCAGUUCUGCGAAUCGUGUGCUCCAGGGUACAAAAGAGAGACACCACGAGGCGGUCCCUAUGCCAACUGUGUCCCCUGCACCUGUAACCAGCAUGGCACCUGUGACCCCAACACAGGAAUCUGCCUGUGUAGUCACCACACCGAGGGCCCAUCCUGUGAGCGCUGCUUGCCGGGUUUCUAUGGCAACCCCUUCAAAGGCCAAGCCGAUGACUGCCAGCCCUGCCCAUGCCCUGGACAGUCUGCCUGCACGACCAUCCCAGAGAGCAGGGAGGUGGUGUGUACCCACUGUCCCCCAGGCCAGAGAGGGCGGCGCUGCGAGAGCUGUGACGAUGGCUUUUUUGGGGACCCAUUGGGACUUUCUGGACCCCACCAGCCCUGCCGCCAGUGUCAGUGCAGUGGGAACGUGGAUCCCAAUGCCGUGGGCAACUGUGAUCCCUGGUCUGGCAGCUGCCUGCGCUGCCUGCACAACACAACGGGGGCCCACUGUGAGCGCUGUCAGGAGGGCUUCUAUGGGGACGCCCUGGCCCCGCGACCAGCAGACAAAUGCACAUCCUGCAGCUGCCACCCUGGGGGCUCAAUCAGUGUGCAGACACCUUGUGACCCAGUGACUGGACAGUGCUCCUGCCUUCCUCACGUGACUGGGAGGGACUGCAGUCACUGCAGCCCUGGCUUCUAUGACCUGCAGCCCGGGAGGGGCUGCCGGAGCUGCAACUGUCACCUGCUGGGCUCCCAGAAGGACCAGUGCCAUCCCCAGACUGGGCAAUGCCCCUGCCGCCCUGGUGUGAUAGGCCUAGCCUGUGACAGAUGUGAACUGGGCUUCUUCGGCUUCUCUGCCAAGGGCUGCCGGGCUUGCAGGUGCUCCCCGCUGGGCGCCGUCUCAGCCCAGUGCCAUGAGAACAGCACGUGCGUGUGCCGGCCCGGCUUCGUGGGCUACAAGUGUGACCGCUGCCACGACAACUUCUUCCUCACGGCGGACAGCACACACUGCCAGGAGUGCCCUACCUGCUAUACCCUGGUAAAGGAGCAGGUGGCCCAGCUGAAAGCCAGGCUGACAAUGAUGGAAAGUUGGCUGCAGGGCUCUGACUGUAGCAGUCCCUGGGGUCCACUAGACAUUCUGCAGGGGGAAGCCCCACGAGGGGACGUCUACCAGGGCUACCAUUUGCUGCAAGGGGUUCGAGAAACCUUCUUGGAACAGAUGACAGGCCUUGAGGGUGCCAUGAAGGCCACCCAGGAGCAGCUGCGGGUGCUGAGCACAAGUGCCCAGUGUGCCCGGGACAGAACCCAGAAGACCUGCAUCCAGCUGGCCGAGCUGGGAGCGACACUGGCAUCCUCAGAGGAGGAGAUCCGGCAUGCAGCCUCAGCGCUCACAUCUCUGGUAAUUCUUAAGGAUUGGCCUGGCCAGCCCACCAACUGGACCCACCUGGCCACAGAGGCCCGCACCCUCGCCAGGAGCCACAGGGACACUGCCACCAAGACUGAAGCCACUGCACAGCGGGCCCUGCUCGCCUCCAACAGCAGCUCCGUGCUCCUCUGGAGUCUGGUGGAUGGCAGAGUGGCCUUGGAGACCCAGCGGGAGCUGGAGGACAGGUACCAGGCGGUUCAGUCAGCCCACAACGCUCUGGGUACAGCUGUAGCAGAGGUGCUGCUCGAAGCUGAGAGGCUGCUGGCCGGUGUGCAGCAAGUCAUUGGUGAUGCAUCUCUGCACAUUGCCUCACUGGCUGCUCCUGGAGCACUGCCUCAGAAGUCCCCAGCCAGGGACCUGGGUUUGAAAGUGCAGGCCCUGGAGCAGACAGUUGCAUCGAGAGAGCGAGUGGCCACCGAGGUUACCGGAGCCCUGCAGGCCUCUGCCCGGGCAGUGCUGCAGAAGAUGGAGCCUUGCACGCAGCUGCACCAGGAGGCCACAGCUGCCCUGACCCAGGCGUCCUCCUCUGUUCAGGCUGCCACAGUGACUGUCAUGGGAGCCAAGACCCUGCUGGCUGACCUGGAAGGAAUACAAGUGCGGUUUCCUCAGCGCAGGGACCAGGCCGCGCUGCACAGGAAGGCAGGCAACAUCAGGGACAGGCUCCUGGCUGACACAAAAAAGAAGACCCGGCAGGCAGAGAGGAUGCUGGGAAGCGCCGCAUCGCUCUCUUCCAGCACCAAGAAGAAGAGCAGAGAAGCAGAGCUGUUAGCCAAGGACAGUGCUAAGCUCACCAAGGCUUUGCUGAGGGACAGGAAACAGGGGCACCGCCGUGCCAGUCGGCUGGCUGGCCAGGCACAAUCUACACUCCAGCAGGCCUCCCGGCUGGUGCAAAUCUCUGGAAUACGCCAGAAGGAGCUGGAGACAGCUGAGCAGGUGGGUGCAGGGCUGAGCACGGUGGAGCAGCAGAUCCGGGCAUCACGAGUCUCCCUGGAGAAGGACAUCAAGGCCUUGUCAGAGCUGUUGGCCAAGCUGGGGUCGCUGGACACCCAUCAAGCCCCCGCCCAGGCCCUGAAUGAGACCCAGAGGGCACUAGAAGGCCUGAGGCUACAGCUGGGCUCACAGGGAGCCCUGCAGCAGAAACUGAAGCAGCUGGAGCAGGAGUCCGUGCAGCAGGAGCUGCAGAUUCAGGGCUUCGAGAGUGACCUUGCUGAGAUCCGCACCGACAAGCAGAACUUGGAGGCCAUUCUGUACAGCCUGCCUGAGCACUGUGCCAGCUGGCAGUGA